AUGAAUGACACACUAGUUAGUUCUCAAGCUGAUACGAAUCUACUCUCAUCUAGUGUCAUUGAUCGAAAACGUAACUAGACCUUCAUUCAUCAGAAACAAAAGAUAUUCAAAGUGAAUUACUCAUUCAUUGUCUUAUAUGUCCUAAUUGCAAGUCUUGGAGUAGUACAACUAGGAAUGGUACUAUCUGCUAAUAAUUAAGUGAGUGCUGUUUUUGACGAACAGUUCGGUUUGAUUGAUUAGAGUGACAAAAAUUUCUAUCAUACUAUGAUUGGAUCUGCUGCUGUUCUUGGAGCUGUGAUUGGCUCUCUCUGUGGAGGCAAGCUCAUUACUGUGCUCGGUAGAAGACGUUCGAUGAUCAUAUUCAAUAUUAUUGGAGCUGGUUUUAUAGGCAUUACAAUGAUUGAGAAUUUUUACACUUUGUGUAUUGGGAGACUGCUAUUCGGAUUUUGUGGAGGAAUAUUUUAGGUUGCUCUACCUAGAAUGAUUGAAGAAACUGUCCCACAUAACCUCUAUGGAAGCUUUGGAGUGGUUAGUGUCAUGUCACUCAAUUUUGGUCAAAUGAUGGGGAUAGUUAUGGGUCUAGGCUUGCCUGACGCUGAUGAUGAGGAAAGCAUGAAAAAUACCUCUUUUUGGAGAAUAAUAUACGGGAUGCCGUGGGUAUUAUAAGCCAUAGUACUUGUGUCAUAUCUGAUAUUCUUAAAGCAUGAUACAAUAAAGUAUCUCAUAGAUAAUAAAAAAGAUGAGGAAGCACUUUCAAUGAUCAGAUAAAUUUAUCAUGAAUCUGAGAAUCAUAGAUACAUCCUUGAAUAUCUAAAGAUGACUAGUUCAUCUGCAAAAGGUAACAAAGUAUCUUUUAAAGAGUCAUUGUUUGGUAAAUAUUAUUGGAGAGCGACCUGGUUUUGCUUUAUAUUCUCAAUUCUGAAUUAACUCACUGGAUGCAAUAGUAUAAUCUGGUACUCAGGGGCUAUUUUGAAAAGAAUGUAGAAUUCUAGUAGUGGAUCAACAUUGACACCUAAAUCAGGAUCAAUGCUAAUCGCAGUAAUCAAUUUCCUAGGAACUAUUGCUGCAAUAUAUCCUAUCAAGAAAUUUGGAAGAAAGACUUUAGUGUUAGCAGGCCACGUUAUUAUGGGAACAUUUAUGAUUUUGGUAGGUUUGUUCUCAUUUUUAGAGUAUAAUGAUCUUAUGAUAGCUAUGAUACUCUGCUUUUUAUUUACAUUUUAAACUACUGAUGGUCCUGUUCUUCUUAUAUAUGGACCUGAGGUCACAGUUGAUUAAGGUUUUGGCUUUUGUGUAUUUGGAAUUAAAGGAACUGGUUUGCUUAUGUCCUUAACUACUGAGUACCUUAUGGAUAGUGGAUUGCAUCCUUAUGGUACUUUUUGGCUAUAUGGAGGUAUUACCUGGGCAGGAUUCUUUUAUUUCUUGAUACUAAUGAAGGAAACUAAGAAUCUUACCGAUCGCUAAAAGAAAGCACUAUAUCGUAAAGAUUACGAUCCAAAUAAUAUAAUUAUUUCACCUUGA